CUGCCCCUUUCAGGCACAGUAUCGGAACUAGUUUUUGAUUCUGUUUCUGCUUUACACGAAGUGGUGGCUUCCGGCACUCCCUGUCCUUGCCCAAGUGUAGCACCGGACAAAUGGAAUGAUCAGGUUAUGCUUACAUCACAAAAUUUGCAAGCAUCUCGCAUUCUUCUUAGCUCCAUUUGUGCUCAUGCAACUAUGAUGGAUGAACUUUGGUAUUUAUGUAUGCUGACUUGUCAACACGUUGCAUGGCUGCUUGGGAUACGCCCAACAUCCAAUGGUAUUUUUACCAGGGAAAAACCAGAAAUUGAUCAGCAAAGUACGUGA